AUGAGUAGCGCUGUGUUGGUGACUCGACUCCUGGACCCCAGCAGUAGCUUCAGAGAGGAUGCCCCUCGGCCCCCGGUACCAGGGGAAGAAGGGGAGACCCCACCCUGCCAGGCUGGCCUGGGCAAGGGUCAGGUCACCAAAUCCAUGCCCGUAUCCUCCAACACCCGGAGGAAUGAGGAUGGGCUGGGAGAGCCUGAGGGGCGGGCGUCCCCAGAUUCCCCUCUGACCCGGUGGACCAAGUCUUUGCACUCCUUGUUGGGCGAUCAAGAUGGAACUUAUCUUUUCCGGACUUUCUUGGAGAGAGAGAAAUGUGUGGAUACCUUAGACUUCUGGUUUGCCUGCAAUGGAUUCAGGCAGAUGAACCUGAAGGAUACCAAAACUUUAAGGGUAGCCAAAGCAAUCUACAAAAGGUACAUCGAGAACAACAGCAUUGUUUCCAAGCAGCUGAAACCAGCCACCAAAACCUACAUACGGGAUGGCAUCAAGAAGCAGCAGAUAGACUCCGUUAUGUUUGAUCAGGCGCAGACGGAGAUCCAGUCGGUGAUGGAGGAAAAUGCCUACCAGAUGUUUUUGACUUCUGAUAUAUACCUCGAAUAUGUGAGGAGUGGGGGCGAAAACCCCGCAUACAUGAGCAGUGGAGGACUGGGGAGCCUGAAGGUCUUAUGUGACUACCUCCCCACCUUGAAUGAAGAGGAGGAGUGGACUUGUGCUGACUUCAAAUGCAAACUCUCACCCACUGUGCUUGGUUUGUCCAGCAGAACUCUGAAGGCCACAGUUAACGUGAGGUCCACGGAAGCAGUUGAAAAUGGAUACAGGUCCUUCAAGAGGAAUGACCCUAUUAGUCCGUACCAUGUAGGUUCUGGCUACGUCUUUGCGCCUGCCACCAGCGCGAAUGACAGCGAGAUUUCAAGUGAUGCCCUGACCGAUGAUUCUAUGUCCAUGACAGACAGUAGCGUAGAUGGAAUCCCUCCGUAUCGCGUGGGGAGUAAGAAACGGCUCCAGAGAGAGAUGCAUCGCAGUGUGAAGGCCAAUGGCCAAGUGUCUCUACCUCAUUUCCCGAGAACCCACCGCCUGCCCAAGGAGAUGACCCCUGUGGAUCCUGCCACCUUUGCGGCCGAGCUCAUCUCUCGGCUGGAGAAGCUGAAGGUGGAGAUGGAGAGCCGGCACAGCCUGGAGGAGCGUCUACAGCAGAUCAGAGAGGAUGAAGAGAAGGAGGGGUCUGAGCUGACCUUAAGCCCCGCACAGCACCCCCUCUCCCUCCUGCCCUCUGGUAGCUAUGAGGAGGACCCACAGACAAUUCUUGAUGACCACCUGUCAAGGGUCCUCAAGACUCCCGGCUGCCAGUCACCAGGCAUGGGCCGCUAUAGCCCCCGCUCUCACUCCCCAGACCACCAGCACCACACCCUCCUCCCACCCCGGAGCAAGCUACCCCCGUCGGCAGCCACGCUGGCCAGCUGCCCCCUCCUGGGGGGCAAGGGUUUUGUGGCCAAGCAGACGAUGACGAAGCAUUUCCACCAGCACCACUACGUCCACCACCACGCGGGGCCCAAGACCAAGGAGGAGAUCGAGGCAGAGGCUGCUCAGAGGGUGCACUGCCGGUGCCUCGGGGGCACCGAGUAUUACUGCUACUCCAAGUGCAAGAGCCACCCCAAGGGGCUGGAGCCGAUGCCGGGAGAGCCGUUCGGCGGCAGCAGAGGCAGCUCCUUGCCCAGGCGGAAUGGGAAAGGCGUCCAGCCGGGCCUGGCUCUGCCCACCAGGGAAGGAGGAGGGGCUCCAGGUGGGGCUGGGGUGCCGCAGCUUCCCAGGGAGGAAGGAGACAGGUCGCAGGAGGUCUGGCAGUGGAUGCUGGAGAACGAGCGGCAAAGCAAGCCCAAACCCCAUAGCGCCCAAAGCACAAAAAAGGCCUACUUGGGUGACUCUGUCCGCACAGCUCCCAGCGAGCGAGCCGGCCGUCACCAUCUAUGGGGGACCAGCAGUGGGCACCCCCGUGCUGUCUCUCGGCCCCACCCACUCACCCAGGACCCUGCCAUGCCUCCCCUGGCCCCACCCAACACCCUGGCACAGCUGGAGGAGGCCUGCCGCAGGUUGGCCGAAGUGUCGAAGCCCCCCAAACUGCGGUGCUGUGUAGCUGGUCAGCAAAGGGACAGAAACCACCUGGCCACUGGUCAAGCAGGAGCCACGCCCUUCUCCACUCCAGGCCUGGCGUCUGAAGAUCACAAAGAGCCAAAGCCGCUGGUGGGUGUCCACCCUUUCCCGGCCAGUGAGCUGGUUGUCACCUACUUCUUCUGUGGAGAAGAGAUUCCAUACCGGCGGAUGCUCAGGACUCAGAGCUUGACACUGGGCAACUUCAAAGAGCAGCUCAGCAAAAAAGGGAAUUAUAGGUAUUACUUCAAAAAAGCGAGUGACGAGUUUGCCUGCGGAGCGGUGUUUGAGGAGAUCUGGGAGGAUGACACGGUGCUCCCCAUGUAUGAAGGGAGGAUUCUGGGCAAGGUGGAGAGGGUCAAUUGA